GAGCGGCGCCCCCUAGCGGCGGAGGAAAGGGCGGGAAAGCCGCGCUCUCCCCUCAGGGAGCGAGGCGGGAGAGCAGCGCCCCCUAGCGGCGGAGGAGAGGGCGGGAGGGCAGCGCCCUCAGCUGGAAGGAGGCGGUAAAACGUUAAAGACAGGCGCGGUUUUAGUUUAAAAUACAAGAAAAACCCACCGCAAACAAACAAACGACAGCAGCAACAACAAGAAAACAGUUUGUAAGCGCGCCCUGGUUAUUAAUUAUCGUGGGCUGGAGGCUCUCUGCUUUGGAUGCAGCCUGGGAGAGCUGAGGGUGUUCUGGAGAGGAGAAGGCCUCGGGGAGAAAAGAUGGACUUGGGACCAGAAGAAAUGGCUCCACACUGACAGAGCACAGCUCAUCCUGGUCCCACGGCACCAGCAGCGUGGAGCCCCGAUUCCCGCAGUCCUCCCGGCCCUUGCUCCAAGGGUUCAUCCUGUCGGAAAUCCAGUAGCACUUGUUCCCGAUCAGCCUCCAGCCCACGGCGCAGAGCCGGCAGCCCUCUCUCUCUGCGGGCACAUGGACGGACCCCGGCGCGCUCAGGAGCACGAGGAGUUGGAUGAGCCCCAAAACCCCUUCUGCUCCAUCUUUUGGGUCCCGGCUCGGGAGGAUGGGACAGAAACAACCGCAGCAUCAAGAAAAGCCCCCCAGACCCGCCUCCCUCCAGCUGUGCCUCAGUUUCCCUACCUUGGGCAGCUCUUGGCGACUCCUGGGUGGCUUCAGCCCGCAGCCGCCCCCCUCCAGUUCCUCUCCCCCAAGGAACGGGGGGGCCCAGCGGACACGACCCCCCGGUACCUGCACCCUGCCGGGACGGGCACCUCCCCGCAGUGCCCCGCUUGCUCCAUCGGUCUAAGACCAGGUAGCCGUCCUCGUCCUCCAUGUGACGGCAGAGCCGGGGGUGCACAGGCUGGGGACACAAGGGUGGUGGCGUUGGGCUGGGGACACGGGGGAGGGGACAGGAAGCCGAAACAUCGCUGCCCGCCGGCGCUGGCCCGGUGUGGUGCGAGCUGGCUGCAGGAGCAGAGUUUCCUGUCACCACCACAGCCCGACAGCUGCUGGAGGGACCCUCCUGACACCCCGGGGGGGACGGACCGAGGGGCUGGGGCAGGGGGAGUUUGUCUUCAGACGAAGGAAAAUCGGCACACGGGGCUGCUCCCCACGGGGGAGAAGACAAUGAGCUACCGCGAGAGAAAAACCCCUCCUUACGCCCGGCAGGGAGAGGAGGAGGAGAAAGUGGUGCCAUGUAAAGGGGAGAGAAAGAGGGACAAGGCUGGAGCGGUGGAAAGUGGUGGCGAUGGAAGCAGGGCAGGCUAGAAUUUUGCUUUCCAGCUCUGUGGGAAGAACAGUGUCAAAUCCAUCUAGGAAAAGAGGGGAGAAACAGCAGGUGCUGGAUAUCUCCGACAAUUGGGAUUAAUUUCUGUGCCUGAGCUGCCAAGGCCGGCAGACUCCGAGCCCCGCCGGACGCCGCCAGCGCUGCGCUGUGUCUUGCCCUGCCCUGCCCUGGCUCAGCCCGCCUGGCCAGACGGCCCCUUGUCACUGCAAGAGCUGCACCGAGGGACAGCUGGGCUGCUGCUGCAAUGGGAUCGGGAGAAUAAAACAAACAGAAUAAAAAGCUGCACUGCCGGGUCUCCUCUGCCCGCUGUCACUAAUGGAGCAGUGCCGAGCCACAACGGAGCGGCGGUGCUGGUUAAAUAGGGUCACGGGAAAG